AUGACUUCCACCGCCUCGCCUCCCUGGCUAUCAAGCCUCAUCCUCCUCUUCAUCUUCCUCCUCCUCUCAUUGACAUCUCUCGCCUGCGCGAUCCUCGUCCUCCUCUCCUUCCCCUCCUCGGCUCCCGCCUCAAUCUUCUGGACCGCCAUCUCGGCGCUGAGCGCAUGGUUCCUGUUUUGUUUCGCACUUGUGGCGUGGCGGAAGAGAGCGAUGAGACGCCAUUGGCGUGAAGAAGGUGCGCAUUCCAUCCCAUCCUUCGCUCUCAUCGCAGACGACCGAAGUUUCCGACCCGAGAAUGUACUGACAAGUCGUAACAGCAUCGUCGAGAUGUCUCCGCCCUCUCCGUUCCGACACAACCGCAAUCCCUUUGAGCAGCCACCCUCCCGCGCUUCGCCCAUACCCCGCAACCCGCCUCCACCCCAGACCAUACCUUCGGCUGCCAUCUCCUCGCCUCUCUCCAGCCCUUCCGACCCUCCAUCUCUCGAUCGCGCCGUCCAUCGCCCCGGCACAGCCCCGAGUGCCUCCGGCGCUUCGGAAGCCGUCGCCGGCUCAGCUCGCCUUGCCUCGCCUCGCGCCUAA